GCCCUUGCGCUCGCGUCUCGUCCCCAUGGCAACAUCAGCUCUCACUUCCUAAACAAAGCCGACAAGAGAAAAGACUUUACAGCAUCAAAACACUUUGCGUUCAUCGCUGACGACAGUAAAUGUGUAGGAUUUGUGGGUUAAGUGUUCAAUGUCUGUGGUUGGUUGACGAGACAAUAUAGAAAGCAUUUGGAGUAAAAUAUCAUCCAAGGUCUUUCCAAGGAGGCCUUUCUGGUAAGGUGUUACUAAGAGAAAUCUAUCCUGUGAUAUUUUUGCACACUCAGUCAUUAUGGUCCGUCUAACAGUGCAUCUGAUCGCAAAAUCAAACAAUUUCUCAAAAGCCUGCAGAAGCGAAUCUCUCCAGCAGUAUCUGAAGAAACUGACCCAUCUCAACUUCUCAAACAGAAGUAUAGAAGACAUUGAUGAUCUAUCAAUGUGCAGAAACCUCACAGUCCUGUAUCUAUAUGACAACCAAAUAUCACAAAUCUGCAAUUUGGGAUUCGCCUCAAACCUUACACACUUAUAUAUGCAAAAUAACAAUAUCUCUUGCAUAGAGAACCUCUCAUCUCUACAUAAGCUCUCCAAACUUUUCUUGGGAGGUAACAGCAUCACUGUGGUGGAGGGAUUAGAUGAGCUGAAAAGCCUGAAGGAGCUGCAUGUGGAAGGUCAGAAACUACCCCGUGGAGAAAAGCUGGUCUUUGACCCCCGUUCCAUUUCUAGCCUCUCUGAAACUCUGUGCAUUGUAAAUAUCAGCAAAAAUAACAUUGAUGAAAUAUGGGACUUGGCCCCUCUCCGAAAACUGACCCAUCUUUACGCUACCGAUAACCAGCUACAGGACAUACUGGAAUUAGAGACAGUGUUCAGCCAGUGGUCUCAACUGCGGCUACUGGAUCUGAAUAGAAAUCCUGUGUGUCACAAACCUAAAUACAGGGACAGACUAAUAACUGCCUGCAAAAUUCUAGAGGAUCUUGAUGGAAAACAAAUAAAUGAACUGUCUAGGCAGUUUUUAGUCAACUGGAAAGCCUCUAAAGACGCAAAGAAGAAAUUAGAUGAUGGAGAAGAACAAAUCACAAAUCAACUUACAACUGAUUUUUGCACGGGCCCCCAACAUCCCUUUGCCCAUGACCGCAGCAGCUCUCUGAGUAAGCCAUCAGAAUAUGGGAAGCCUGGCGUUACAUUUCGGACAGCUCAAGUACAAGGAGACAGCAGAGGAAAAAGGUCAGGAGGGAUAAAUAUUCCAGUGAGGACUGGCAGACUCUGAAAAUCUGAAACUACUGAUUAAAAAUCUUUUAUCAGUGUCAUUUUGGCUUUAUAAAUUUGACUCAAAAGUCAAUCACUUAGCUUGUCAUCUGUGUGUUAGGACUUUUCUGCAAAACGUUCAGUAAAGCUCUGACACUUUAAUAAAAUGUGAAUUUCUAAGCAGUUUCUCCAUUGUGUAAGAAUACACUCUCUUUUACACUGCCUAUUUUGCAUUUUCAUAUUCUGUUUGAAAUUCUGAAAUUGUAUUUCUUAAAUAUUUGUCUGUGUGUUUGCUUUUAAUAAAUUUACUUUGCAAGA